AUGGCUUCCAGAAAGCGUCUAGGAAAUCUUGCGUUGGACAAGACAGUGAUCUUCGUGUGUGAUAUGCAGGAACGAUUCCGCCCGGCUAUUGCUUAUUUCUCAGAAAUAGUUGAAGUGGCUGGAAGAAUACUUGAAGCAUCAAAGCUUUUGAACAUUCCAGUGAUUGUAACUGAACAAUAUCCAAAAGGUCUGGGGAACACAGUGGCAGAGUUAGAUAUCAGUCAUGCUGUUGGCAAGUUUGAUAAGACAAAGUUCAGCAUGAUGUUACCAGAGGUGGAGGAGAAGCUGAAAACCCUAUGUGGUGGAGAUGUCCAGCAUGUUGUGCUGUUUGGCAUAGAGGCUCAUGUUUGUAUCCAGCAGACCGUCAUAGACCUUCUUUCUCGAGACAUAGAGGUUCAUAUUGUGGCCGAUGCUUCUUCCUCGAGGAACCAGAUGGACAGGUUGUUUGCUUAUGAGCGGUUCCGCCACAGCGGAGCAACCGUGACCACCAGUGAAGCGAUCCUGUUACAAUUUAUAGGAGACAAAGACCAUCCGCAGUUUAAACCCAUCCAACAAUUGAUCAAGAAAAGUGCUCCGGACUCUGGUCUUGUCACCAAACUUUAGAUCAUUUAAAACGAUCCAGUCAGAAAAGUGCUCCGGACUUUGGUCUUGUCACCAAACUUUAGAUUGUUUUAACCCACUCAUUAGCUCACAAAGAAAAAUACUCUAGACUCUGGUCUUGUCUCGCCACCACAGAUCAUUCUGCGCUUGUAUACAUAUGUAUAUUAUUUGUAUCAAGCAACACGUGAUAUUGAUGGUAUUAAUUUAAGAAAACUAUGCAUUUUAAGAUCAGCAUGUUCUUUCGCAUUUAUAAAUCUGGUAGAUACUAUCUCCUUGUUGUUUUACUAUUUGAAUUUCAGAUGAGAUCUACUUUAUCUGUUUUGCAGGCAAAAAAACAAAAAACACUGAAGAAAAUGAAAAGCAAUGUAGACCAUUCUGCCAAAUUAAAGGUUUAACUGUAAUAAAUACUACUGUAUGUUUAUGCUUCAUACGAUGAUAUCUCCAUCACAAUGAAAAGAUCGUACAUUAUACCUGUGCAAUCAUGUUUGUUUAAGGUUCAAGUGUAAUAGUGUUUGAAAGAGGAAGGCGAUGAGUUAGUGAUGCUUUUUCACAUUGUAGUACACAUAUUCAUUGAAUCAUCAAUCAUUCGUGUAAAACUUUGUUUUGAAGCCAUUUAUGGAACAAAUAUAUGUGGAAUUAAAACAGUUUUUUAUUGUAGUAUAA